AUGACUGUGCAAACUCUCGCCAUCGCCGUUGUCACGGCCAUAUACUUCAUCAUCAAGUAUCUGAACCGCACCGAUGUCCCCAAAAUCAAGGGCCUGCCGGAGAUCCCCGGAGUGCCCCUCUUUGGCAACCUGCUGCAGCUGGGAGACCAGCACGCAACCGUCACUGGCAAGUGGGCAAAGAAAUUUGGCCCAGUCUUCCAGGUGCGCAUGGGCAAUAAGCGCAUUGUGUUCGCCAACAGCUUCGAUUCCGUCCGCCAGCUCUGGAUCAAAGACCAGUCGGCGCUCAUCUCGCGCCCAACCUUCCACACUUUCCACAGCGUAGUGUCCAGCUCCCAGGGUUUCACCAUUGGCACCUCCCCCUGGGAUGAAUCGUGCAAGCGCCGCCGCAAGGCAGCCGCCACCGCGCUGAACCGACCCGCCGUGCAGUCAUAUAUGCCCAUCAUUGACCUCGAGGCGAACUCCAGCAUCAAGGAGCUCUACCGGGACAGCAAGAAUGGAACGGUCGAUGUCAAUCCUACCGCCUAUUUCCAACGCUUUGCCCUCAACACCAGCCUGACGCUGAACUAUGGGUUCCGCAUUGAAGGCAACGUGGAUGACAAGCUUCUGAAGGAGAUCGUCGAUGUCGAGCGAGGCGUGUCCAACUUCCGCAGUACCUCCAACAACUGGCAGGACUACAUCCCACUUUUGCGCAUCUUCCCCAAGAUGAACAACGAGGCGGAAGAGUUCCGUGCCCGACGUGAUACCUACCUGACCUUCCUGCUGAACAUGCUGAAGGAUCGCAUCGAGAAGGGCACGGACAAGCCGUGCAUCACGGGUAACAUUCUCAAGGACCCGGAAGCAAAGCUGAAUGACGCCGAGGUGAAAUCGAUCUGUCUGACCAUGGUCUCCGCUGGAUUGGAUACCGUUCCGGGCAACCUCAUCAUGGGUAUUGCGUAUCUGGCCUCCGAGGAUGGCCAACGCAUUCAAAAGAAGGCUUAUGAGGAAAUUAUGAAGGUCUAUCCUGACGGCGAUGCUUGGGAGAAAUGCCUGGUAGAGGAAAAAGUGCCUUAUGUCACCGCUCUAGUGAAGGAGACUCUGCGAUUCUGGACCGUCAUUCCCAUCUGCUUGCCUCGCGAGAGCACCAAAGAUAUCGUCUGGAAUGGAACGACUAUCCCUGCUGGUACGACCUUCUUCAUGAAUGCGUGGGCGGCCGACUACGAUGAGGAUCACUUCGAGCAGGCCGACAAGUUUAUUCCUGAGCGCUAUCUCAAUCUGGGCGAAGCCUCUGGAACUCCCCACUACGGUUAUGGCGCGGGAUCCCGCAUGUGUGCUGGCUCGCACCUGGCCAACCGCGAGCUGUUUACGGCGUUCGUGCGCCUGAUCACGGCCUUCCAGAUGCACCCGGCCAAGCAGGCCAGCGAUCGCCCAGUGCUCGAUGCCAUCAACUGUAAUGCCAUCCCCACAGCGCUCACCACCGAGCCCAAGCCGUUCAAGGUCGGCUUCACGGCGCGCGACCCGAAGAAGCUGGAGCAGUGGAUUGCCGAGAGUGACGAGCGGACCAAGGAUCUGUGA